GACUUUGUGCCAACUAUCUCUGAUAGUGAGGAGGAUAUUCCUGAUUUCGAUACAGACGAGGAAGAAGUGAAACAAGAGGAGCAAAGUGCUAUUGUUGAGACCCAAAAGAAGAGUAAUAAGAAGAAGAAGAAGAAUAGUAAAAAAGAACAAACUGUGGACCAAGAUGAGGAACAAGAUGAUUUGAACCAUGAUUUUGUGUUUGAUGUUGAUGGUGGUGAAACUGUUGCAGAUUUCGAAGGGUGGGAUUUCAAAGGUGAUGAAAAGACUGGAUAUGAAAAGAAGGAUGUUGAUCUUGAUGGAAUUAUUAGAAGAAAAGGUGGUCUUGGGCAACUAGCUGGUAGUAAACCUGAUGAGGAAGAAGAAGAAGAGGAAGAGGAAGAGGAAGAGGAAGAAAAUGAGGAAGAUGAUGAUGACUUAGCAUUAGAUGGAUUUGGUAUGGGUGUCAAUAAACCAACUGAAGUUGAUGAAGAUGAAGAUGACGAAGACGAAGAAGAAGAAGAAGAAGAAACACAACCUAUUGUUGAAUCAGACCAAGAAUCAAAAGAUGAAGAUGAAGAUUCCCCUGAAGAAAUUGCCAAAUUUUAUGCCCCAACUGAAGAAUCUGAACAAGCUAAAAAGCAAAUCCAUAAAACUUUCAACUCAUUAGACCUAUCAAGACCUGUCUUAAAAGGUCUUUCCGCACUAGGAUAUACAAAACCAUCCCCAAUUCAAAGUGCUACAAUCCCAAUCGCUUUAUUAGGUAAAGAUAUAAUUGCAGGUGCCGUUACAGGUUCAGGUAAAACUGCUGCUUAUAUGGUUCCAGUUAUUGAAAGAUUAUUAUAUAAACCUGCCAAAAUUGCAUCAACAAGAGUCAUUGUCCUAACACCAACAAGAGAAUUGGCUAUCCAAGUUGGUGAUGUUGGUAAAAAAAUUGGUAGAUUUGUUAAUGGCCUAAGUUUUGGUUUAGCUGUUGGUGGGUUGAAUUUAAGACAACAAGAACAAGAAUUGAAACAAAGACCAGAUAUAGUUAUUGCUACACCUGGUAGAAUAAUUGAUCAUUUACGUAACUCUGCAAGUUUCAAUGUUGAUAAUGUGGAGAUUUUAAUUGUUGAUGAAGCUGAUAGAAUGCUGGAAGAAGGGUUCCAAAAGGAAUUGACUGAAAUUUUGGAUAUUUUACCAACAAAGAGACAAACAUUAUUAUUCUCAGCUACUAUGAAUUCUAAAAUCAAGUCAUUAAUUCAAUUAUCUUUACAAAAACCUGUUCGUAUUAUGAUUGAUCCUCCAAAGCAAGCAGCCACUGGAUUAGUUCAAGAAUUUGUUAGAAUUAGAAAAAGAGAUCAUUUAAAACCUUCUGUAUUAUUCAACAUUUUGAAAAAAUUCACAAAAGAUCAAAGAAUAGUUAUAUUUGUGGCAAGAAAAGAAAUGGCACAUAAAUUGAGAAUCAUUUUAGGUUUAUUAGGGUUAAAAGUUUCAGAAUUACAUGGAUCUCUUACACAAGAACAACGUUUACAAUCCAUAAAUAAUUUCAAAGAUCUAACUGUACCAAUUUUAAUCUGUACAGAUUUGGCUUCAAGAGGUUUAGAUAUUCCUAAAAUUGAAGUUGUUUUGAAUUUUGAUAUGCCAAAAAACCAUGAAAUUUAUCUUCAUAGAGUUGGUCGUACUGCAAGAGGUGGUCGUGAAGGUAGAUCCAUUUCAUUUGUGGGAGAAUCAAGUUCUGAUAGAUCUAUUGUUAAAGAUGCAAUUAAAAGUAUUGAAGAUAAUAAAAUUGGUAAAACUGUUGGUCGUGAAGUUAAUUGGAAAGAAGUUGAAGAGAUUAAUAAAAUUUUGGAAUCUAAGAAUGAAACAAUUGAAGAAAUCUUGAUGGAGGAAAAAUCUGAAAAGGAAAUGUUGCAAGCUGAAAUGGAAUUACGUAAAGGUGAAAAUUUAUUAAAAUUCAAAGAUGAAAUUCAAUCAAGACCAAGAAGAACUUGGUUUGAAAAUGAAAGUGAUAAGAAAAAACCAAUUUCUGGAUAUUCUGAUAAGGAUAAAAUGAAAGUUUUAGCAAAGAAUAAAAAAGUUAAUAGUAAGAAAAGAAAACAACAAGAAGCUAGAGAAGAUAUUCCAAGAAGUUACAAAAAGACUAAAAAUGAUAGAAUGAGUGAUCAAAAGAAAGCAAAUAAAAAG